AUGAGCUUAACUGCAGAAGAACUAAUAAGUAUGCUGGAGGAGAAAAUACAGUAUGCACGGGACUUGAUAGGAAGAUUACAUAUUAUUAAAAUUGUAGAAGGAGUACCUAAAUUACAAAGAAAAAUUCAACAAGAAAUGGACUUUUUAAUGAGAUUAAAAAAAUCAAAAAAGGUUAAAGUAGAACAGUUGUCAUGCUCCAAUCUGAGGCAUCUGGGUGCAAUGGUUGACUGUGCUCUUAGGCCAGGAGUAGUAUCAGUUUGUAAAAUAUUUCACAUUAAUGCUGACAGCAAACUUGUUAUAGACAUAAUAAGUGAAAAUGGAAAAGUUUGGACUAAAGUGAUAGCCCGAAAUCCAAAAUCAUUAUCAGCACUUAGUGACGGAAAUGCAUCAUAUGGAGCAAGAUCCAUCUUAGACCAAGCAGUGGAUUAUGUUGAAUGUGCACAAUUAUAUCCCUGCAUGUUUAAACCCCCAAAGGUAAUUUUCGAGUUUGUAAGCGGCAUUGAAAAGAAUCUGGCUCAUAGGCUGAAAUCUCAUGGGAUUGUUGUAAGUGGGGAAAUUUUGCCAAACUCUACUGAUUAUUUUGAUGAAUGUUCGGAUUCAUCAUCAGCUGAAGACUCUGGUGGAAAUAGUACAAAUGAAAAUGCAGGAAUCUUCUCAAAUGAUAUAGACAUUGGUAUUACCACUCUUAAUUUAGAUGUUACUGCUAUGAUGGCAUAUGUGAGCAACAUGACAAAUGGAUACUGCAAAUACUUGUUUAAACAAGAUGUUUUAACACAACAAGCAGCCUGGGAUGAUGAAAGGCCUGUAAAACCAAUAUUAGAUAAAUUGUUUGAAGGUAAAAGUUUAGUUUGCUGUAGAACGGCUUGGGAUAAUUUUGAGAAAAUCGUACAAACUUUAGGAGGACCUAUGGAGAAGAAAAGAAGUAUGAACUUAAAAGAAAUGUUAACCAUAUAUGAUGAUGACUAUGGAGGUCCCAAUGACUAUCCCAGAGAAAAUUUGAAAGUAAGGGGCAAUGUUCGACUACGAUCGAAAACAGUAUUCAACUUUGGCCAUAGGAUUAAAGCCCUCACUGUUUCUGCUAAUGUGGGAUUUAUAAGAGCAGCAAUGCAACAGGGUGUUAACUAUGCUGCCUUUAUUCACGAAUCAAGAGCUCUUACUGAGGGAAAAGAAGACAAUGCCACAAAAAUUUUAUGA